GGAGAGAGAAGAGGAGGAGGAAGGAGGCAGCAGCCGCAGCAGCAGGAGGAGCAGCAGCAGGAGCAGCAGCAGGAGGAGCAGCAGCAGGAGCAGCAGCAGGAGGAGCACGAGGCAGGCAGAGAGAGAGAGGGGAGGAGGAAGGAGGCAGCAGCAGCCGCAGCAGCAGCGAGAGAGAGAGUCGAGGGAGGAGGAUGGCGCCGCCGCCGCCGCCGCCGCCACCGCGAGGCUCGUGACGCACGACGGGCGCGGCGAGAGGGGCCACAGCGCCACGCCGCCAGCUCGCGUGGGGCCCGGGUCAAGGCAAUGUUUACGGUGACGGAGGUCGCGUCGCUGAGCGACUCUCAGCCGGCUUACCGCAUCCUCAAGCCCUGGUGGGACGUGUUCCUCGACUACCUGGGCAUCGUCAUGCUUAUGCUGUCCAUCUUCGCCGGCACCAUGCAGUUCUCACGCGACCCGCUCUGCUGCCUUCCCAAGCUGGACGAGAACGUGACGUGUCUCUCCGACUCGGCCAUACAGAAGUCCCUGCUGGCCACGGCCUCGCCCAAUGCGCCAACAAAAGAUUCUAGUCCCAGUGGCAGACAAACGGGGAUGGAAUACAUGCAAUACAUCUUCGUGAAUCAGAAAUGCUACCACGAUGUUCUGCCUUGGAUAUCCAAGUACAUGCCUUUCCUUGCCUUAAUUCACACGGUCAUCCUGAUGGCGAGCAGCAACUUCUGGUUCAAGUAUCCCAAGACGAGUUCCAAGCUCGAGCACUUUGUCUCCAUCCUGGGCAAGUGCUUCGAGUCUCCGUGGACCACCAAGGCCCUGUCGGAGACGGCGUGCGAGGAGUCGGAGGUUACCGGGACCGCUCCGCAGCACCAGAGCAAGCUGUCCGACCACGCGUCUCCUCCCAAGAGCAACUUGGGCUCGGUGAGCGCCGGCGAUGGGGGCAGCCUCAACCCCAGCAUGCCCAUGUUCGCCAAGGACCAGGAGAGCGUUCCGCUGGCGCCGGUGGACAAGCAGAUGCACGAGACGUCCAUCCAGAGCGGCGUGAGCGUCACCAUCUUGGACAAGAAGGACGGCGAGCAGGCGAAGGCGCUCUUCGAGAAGGUGCGCAAGUUUCGCCUCCACGUGGAGGAGAGCGACAUCAUCUACCAGCUGUACACCCUGCAGAGCCUCGUGAAGACUCUGAAGAUCCUGCUCAUCGUGGGCUACACGUCAUACUUCGUGGAUCAGAUCCAGUUCUUGCACGAGUGCGUGCCGGACGUGGAGGAGCUGAUCGGAUACACCACGUUCUGCUGCACGCACACGCUGGCCUACCUGCUCCGCAAGGUGCUCUACACCUACAUGGCCGUGGUUGUGCUCUAUGGCCUUGUGUGCUUCUACACGCUCUACUGGCUCUUUAAGCGGCCUCUGAAGGAGUACUCGUUCGAGAAGGUGCGCGAGGAGAGCAACUUCAGCGACAUCCCCGACGUGAAGAACGACUUCGCCUUCCUCAUGCACAUGAUCGACCAGUACGACUCGCUCUACUCAAAGCGCUUCGCCGUCUUCCUGUCGGAGGUGAGCGAGAACAAGCUGCGCCAGCUGAGCCUCAACCACGAGUGGAGCUACGAGAAGCUGCGCCAGCAUGUCACCAAGAAUGCGCAGGACAAGAUGGAGCUGCACCUGCUCAUGCUGUCGGGCGUCCCCGAGGCCGUGUUCGACAUCCUGGACCUGGAGAUUCUCAAGGUAACGAUCUUUUCUCUUGCCGGGGGGAAGGGGUUUGGAAGCCACUGUGGGUGUCCGGGGGCAACCCAGGGAUUUGCAGAGCCAGAUUGUGCGCACCCGCGUAGAAACCUUUUCAUCAGACUGCUGCCGGAUGAGGGGGCCUCCCCCACCGACGCCUCGUAG